CACGUGACCUGACGCCCAUUUUGUUUACCAAAUCGAUAUGAAAAAUGAAAAUACAUUGACAUCUCUUCAGUUUAAACCCAGACAUAGUUGAAAUAAAUUGAUUAUAAAAAUGUCGUUAUGUGUAUAUAAAAUUCAGCAACGAUGUUUAUAUACAAGAUUUGUGGAGUAUAGUUUAAAAAAACUGUAAACAUGAUUCGUAGACACGACAGUGAGGUGAUUUCCACCACCUCAAGCACCUCGAAAACUUCAGAGCGUCGGAAGAAUCGAUUUUCGCUUCGGAGAAUUUUUUACGCUGGUCGAUCCGGACCAAGAACUCGAUCUCGACUGAGCCUGAAUUCAAGCUCCUCAGCCCACUCGGACUAUGUGUCACAGGAGAGUUUUGAUAUCAACCGGAGGGUGCUAGGCGCGGUUGGUGGGUCAUCAUUACCAUCCGGCCACAGUUCAGCGCCAGCGUCACGAAAUGUUCACUCUGUUAGCUUUGUGCCUCCGUCAACUGUCAAGUUAAAAAUAGAAAAUGGUGUACCUGUACGGGAGUGUCCCCUCUGUCUGGUGGAAUAUCCGGUGGAACGUUUUCCCGAUAUGCAGUCAUGUGAGCACAGAUCGUGUUUGACAUGUUUACAGAUGUACCUUCGGAUUGAGAUUUCGGAAAGUCGUAUAAAUAUCGCGUGUCCGGAAUGCUUAGAGAAGUUUCAUCCGAAUGACAUUAAAAUGGUGCUUCAAGAUGAGUCCUUGUUAUCAAAGUAUGAGGAUUUCAUGGUUCGACGGGUGCUGGUUUCGGACCCUGACGCUCGGUGGUGUCCUGCUCCAGACUGCGGGUAUGCAGUGAUUGCCACAGAGUGUGCGGGCUGUCCCAAGAUCAAGUGUGAGCGGCCGGGAUGCAACACGCAUUUCUGUUACCACUGCAAGCAGUACUGGCACCCCAACAAGACAUGUGACGCAGCCCGCAGUGAACGAGUGAACACCAUAGUGGGACACCUGCUUGACAUUCGUAAUGGGUCGCUUACAAACAGCCACGAGUCUGACUCACAAAAAGACAGCAUCAAGCCAUGUCCGCGAUGUUCAGCCUUUAUCAUGAAGAUGAACGAUGGCUCGUGUAAUCACAUGACCUGUCCUGUGUGUGGUGCAGAGUUCUGUUGGCUGUGUAUGAAGGAAAUAUCAGACUUGCACUAUCUGAGCCCAUCUGGAUGCACAUUCUGGGGUAAGAAGCCAUGGAGCCGAAAGAAGAAGAUCCUCUGGCAACUGGGGACCCUUGUCGGAGCUCCUGUGGGCAUUACCCUCCUAGCGGGUAUAGCAGUGCCCGCCAUGGUCAUAGGGAUACCUGUGUGGGUCGGGAAGAAGAUUCACACGCGACUGGAGCAUGCCAGCAAACAUCGCCACAACCUGGCCAUAGUGGGUGGGGUAACUGCAUCCAUUCUCCUGUCACCUUUGCUUGCCGGAUUGGCUGUCGGUAUUGGUGUGCCCAUCCUGCUUGGCUAUGUCUACGGUGUGGUGCCCAUAUCUCUGUGUCGUAGUGGGGGCUGUGGAGUGCGUACCACCGACAGUGGAGUACGCAUCGAGUUUGAGGAGAAUGAGAAUGAGACCGGAAUACCUUCCCCUAGCAUGUACUCUGGUGCUGUGGACAGCCAGAGUGUAGGCACAGGCCACCAGAUCCCCAACCCCAGCAUUGCCCCCAGCAUCGGAGAGUUCAGUGUGGGCAUGAAUGAGGCGAGCCUGUACGGUGGCAGCGGGACCCAGCUGGACCGGCUAGGGGCCAGCAGAGGUGACGUGGAGAGUGAUAUGGACUCGGCCAGUCACAGGGCUAUAGCCGGGGCCAGUCUCAACGGGUCCAUGUGUGGAAGCACCUACGCCACUGUUAUAGGCAUGCAGACCAAUUUACGUUUGGAGGUCCAGGCAGAGCUGGAGGGGGAGGUGCUGUCCGGCAAGAGGGCCAGCUUUAGCAGCGUCAGUGGCAACUUCAGCAUCGGGGAGAAGUCCAUGGGCGGAGACGAUGUCAGUACGCGCGCACUUGCUGGCUCCAUUAUCAACUACAAACUUGAAACAGGCUCCUUACAAAUCUCCGAUGUGCAAGUUGAUGUCCCUAAACAAUCAGCAUGUGGUGAAAAGUGCCUAGGGAAUGAGUCGGACUUGAAUGCUACCGGCGGGCAGGCUUCCAGCAGAGACCAAGACAUCGCCAGUAUAACCUCAAGACUGUCUAACGAGGACAGGAAGCGUACGACAUCCUGCCCCGGUUCCCCACACUCAACCUGCGGCAGUGUGUGCGAACACGAGGAAGGUGCCAGGCAUCACAGCCUGCGCUGCAGGAAGUGUCGCAGGCUGGCCAAGCAGGCAGAGAAACACUCCACAGAGCACAUGAAUGUGCACUUCUCUGACCAGGUGAGCCUUCAAAGUUUCCAAGCGGAUGACUUGGUGCUGGAUCUCCCUAUGGGAAAGCACGACAUUGAUUCCCUGUCAGCAACGUUCAAUGAAGAGGAAAAUGACGAAAUCGCGUCAUCAUCGGAAAAGCUUUACAAAGGCCCGAAGCGGGGUGUGUGUCGAAUGAACUCUGAACCUGCAGUGGUGUUAACAGAGAUUGAGAGUGACAAGCCAGUGUUCAGUGCGAAAGAUCGAAGAACCAAACCGGUUGAAAUGUCAGACUGUGGAGUAAAACAGAAGCAGAGCAGUUUAUCGUUAUCUCAGCGGUCGGACAGUAACAGUAGCAACGACAUUGUGGUGAGUCUGAAUAGCUCGUCGUCAGCUAUGUCCAUGAAAUAUUGCAAGUACGAAAAGUCCCGCGACCGGGACGAGAACUUGUUAUCAAAAUGUCGCAGCGAAGAAAUUGUGAUGAAGAAGAAGUUUAGUGUGGUGGAUGUGAACGUGGGGGAGAAGAGUAGAAGUGAGGAGAUCUACAACAAGGAGGAGGCUGUGAUGGGCGGAGGAAUGAGACGGACCAGAAGGGAGAGCUGUGAACUGGCACUACAGGACGGCCGCAUAUCCCCCAGUCAGUGCAACAAGUCUUCGGAUAUGUACGCUUUCGUUUAAUGGGGAACAAGGCAGUUCGGUGGAGACUUGAGACAGUCUAAAGCUCUUUGUCAUUUAGAAAUAGCCGUUUUGUCAAGCGAGUCUUGGUAAUUAAGAAAACGAGUCAGUGAAUAUGUAGGCUAAUGAAAGUCUGCUUUUGCCAUUCAGCGAUGUAAAAAUAGAGGUGUUACAACAUGGAUGACUUAUUGUUAUAUAUAUUGCUUGUAGGCUCUGGGUCAUGAAGAAAAUGGCAGUUUUGUGGAAACAGUCUCGAGCUCUUAGUUUUUGAUAAAUCAGUGGUUUGACCCAGCUUUCCUGUAUUCUUGUAUUACAGUUUUGGAGUAUUAAUCUGAUUGUAUUUACCUGAGAUGCUUGUUAAGGCUUGAAUCCCAGUUCAAGAUUCAACAGGACAGGGUCGCAGGCUGGUGCUUAUUUUGACCCCUGGACUAUCAAACUGAUUGCUCAUCUGACUAUCAAACUGAUUGGAAAUCUGAGAAAUAAUUCUUGAAAAUGGGCUUAAAUGCAUGUACGUAAAGUUUUGUCCCAGAUUAGCCUAUGCAGUCUGUCUGGCUAAUCAUGAACAACACUUUCCACUCGUAUUCAAUUUUUUGUUAAAAGGCAGUCUCUUCUUAGCUGAAGUCCAGUUUACUGGAUGGACACUUAACGCACCUGCAUUUAACCCCAAUUUCACUGAGUGCAGGUCAUAUAUACAUGUAUGUCUGGCCAGUGUAGUAAUUUUCAUGAUACUUCAAUCUUUAAAAGAGACCCCACAAUGCCAGUGCCUGUUGAAAGUCUAAGAGAUGAUGGUGCAAACCUUCCUUUCUAGAAGGCAGGUCAGCAGCUUAUGAUUGCUUGUAUAAAGUCUGUGAAUUAUUCUUUUAAAUUGUGUCAUGUGUCCAUAAAAUGUCCCUGUAUUGAAGCCUUUGCAAGAGACUACUACAUAAAUGUUCAAAAAGCAUAAACUGUUAUUGAUUAAAUGAUAAUAAUAAUAUAUGCAUAAUUAGUCAGAUAGGUAUCAAAUAGCAAAGCACUAUAGUGAUAGUAGGUUAAAUUGAAAUUAUAUAUGCAUAAGAAAGUGUGAAAAUGCUUUAUUUUGAUGUAAAAAGCCAACAAAUAGUGAGUGAUAGUGUAUUUCAUUUAGUCAUACCCUUAACUGAAAUAUUUAUCAUGAUUAAAUCCAUUGUGACUAUGGUACAUAUAUUUGAAAAAUAUUUAUAUGCAUAUAGAGUUUUUACUUCGUAACUGUAUUUAACUUAGUAUAUUUGCCCUCUACGUAAGGGAAUUUAAUUAUUUACGCAAAAUAACUUAACAAUCUUUUCUCCUGAAACUACAAAACAAAAAGGUUUAUAAUUUGGUUUGUGAAAUUGUAUUUUGGUUUUAGUACAAACUUUGUUUAACAAAUGCCCCUGGGAUAAACACUUGGCACUCCCUGUUCUUCAAACCAUAUGUUUUACAGGUAUAUAAUUAUGUGGAUUUGUCUAUGAUAUCAUAUUUCCCAAAUAGAAAAGAAACAGAAAAAAACUAGUAGGUCUUUCAUUUUUCAAUAUGUUAUAUUGAUACUAUUAAAAAAAUUGUUAGGUCAUAUAAUCAGUUCAUAUUUUAUAUAUAUUUUUUCCAUGUCUCAUUGAAUUUUACGGUUAAAUUGCCAGUGUUGUAUUGUUUAGUUUUGUUAUAUUUCAUCUUAAAUAUUUGUAGUGCUUUUAUUUUUUAUUUUUUUUUGUUAUACAUUUUUGCACUGUUAUAUAUGUUCAUAUCUUAUUUGAAACUGAGUACAAAAUGUAUGUUUUAAUGCCAUUUUUUUCCCUUUAAGCUCAUCUGAGCUUGAAGUGCUCAUGGUGAGCUAUUGUGGUUACCAUUUGUUCUGCAUCAUGUGUGCGCAUCAAGUUCGAGUUCAUUAGCACACUUGAGGCCACAAUUUCAAUCCAAACUUGAUGAAACUUUGUAAGAAUGUUUAUCUUUGAAAUGUUCAAGCUGAGUUAGAAUCUGAGUGACACUUGUCCAAAAAACUAGGUCACCUAGUAAAAACUUUUAUUAUAUACCUGUUGAAUGCAUUUAACCAAAUACAGGUUGUAUCAAUCGUCUAAAUAAAAACCCCGUAUUACGCUACUCACUGUUUCCUAUUCCGUAUUACCAUACUAGCCGGACUACUUCAACCCAUUUAAUGACGUCACAUUCCGCGCACCGAAAAUAUAAAUAUUUUAUAUUACGAAAUAUAUUACGUAGUACAUCGUGUGAUGUCAUUUCUGUGACGAAACACAAUAGUUUUAUCUAAACUCUCUGGAAUGUAAGGACAUGACGGACGUGGUGUUUUUAAACAGUAAACUAUGUGUUAAAAAUAUCAAACUAAUUCAAAACGUAUUUUGGAGUGUGUGUUUAUAAUGCUUAAAUGUUUAUUUCAAUCGGAAUACAAUAAAAUGGUGUGGUUUAAACUAAGUUUCGAUAAAGACAUGGAAGAAGAGAAGUGGAAGUGCAUAUCGUUUCAACGUUUUUGUUAAAAACAUCGGAUUAAAGUUGUCAACUUAAUUGUUAUAAACAUUAGAUUAACGAUGGCAUUAAGGUAAGCGUGUCUGGGUCACCAGGAUUAAAUCUUCGAAAAUCCUUCAUAUAUAGCAUCAUUUAUUGCUAAAUUUUAAUGAAACUUGGUCAGAAUAUGUUUAUGGAUAAUAUUUACCCCGAGUUUGAAUCUUGGUUUUAUGUGUUCAAAAACUAGGUCAUGAGGUAUAAUCUUAAAAUAGCCUUGUUCCCACUGUAGAGGCCCCAUUUAUGACUUGAUUUUUAUUUCAUCAAAUGAGUAUCUUGACAAUAUAGAGGUCAAAUUAGAAUCAUUGUCAAGUGCAUACAAAAAUAGCAGGGCAUGGUACAAAAAAUAAUACAACAAUACUAAAGGCCGCUGUAAUUACUCAGAUCUUUACAAAACAUGGUCAGAAUGUUUAUAUUGAGACUACUAAAGCCGUGUAUAUUAUUGUUCCAGUGGUGUAAAAACUUAGGUCAUGAGGUCUUGUUUUGAACAAUUUGGUGUGCCUUUAACUCGGCUUAGUGCUCCAGGGCCAUCAUGGCCCUCUUGCUUUACGUUUAAAACAUCGAGUUCAUUGUUCAGUAUAACCUCAAAGAAGGUAUCUUUGUGUUGCCAAAGUUCAAAAUAGAAUGGUUAAAAAAGAAAACACCUCCAUUAUGUUGGCAUAUUGUAUUUGUUUGAAACAUUCCCGCACUGUGUUAUUCAUGUUUGAAGCAAGAUGCACACAUUUUGUGUGAUACAAACAUGUUAUUAUUGAAGUCUCUAUAACGCUCAAACUCAACGAAAAUUUCGUAAAGUAUUUCGUAAAAUAAAGUUAACACCUAAACAAUCAGUGUUCCUUAUAGCAAUAGCCUCAAUUUCAACGCUAGAUGUGGUAUGAUUACAUAGAUUUUUGUAUAUACAAAAUGCUCGUUUUUAUUUAUUUGUGACCACAAUGAAUUCAAUGUUAAUUUCCUGCGAAUAUAUCUAUUGUUACAACACACAAACACUACAAUUGUACCAUGUUAAAACCAUAAUAAAAACGAGCAUUUUGUAUCCACAAACAUCUAUUUUACCAGAGCACAUCUGGUAUUGAAAUUUCGACAAUGGCCAUAAGGAACAAUGAUUUUUAAUUGAUUAGCUUUAUUUUACGAAAUAUUGGACGAAAUUUUUGUUGAUUUUGAGAAGUAAUGUUACUUUAAUUGUUUAUGUUACUCAUUUAUGACCAUGGAAACACUAAGCAUUGCAAAGUAACAAAAAUUCAAAAAGGAUGAUCUCUCUGAGUAUGAACACUUAACUCAAACAAGUCCCGUUGUUAGCUUGUUGCAUUUUUAAUUUUCAAACUUUCAUGUCUGUGCAUAUGCACCCUACAAAAUAAACUGCAAUUAAUAAUGUGCUGUGUGCAUAUGUUAGUAAACAAAUUGUACAUGCUUUACUGUGAUCACCUAUAUGGCUUCAUUGUAAAAGUUUGCAUAUUAAUGCCUUCUCGUUGUUUAUAUUGUGUAUAAUAAUACAGUGUUUUUAAUAUAAUUAUUUUCACUAUACAAGAAACUUAUUUCACAAAACAUACAGUGACCUCUGUGCAACGAUCUAGAGCAAAAAUUUAGGGUAUAACAUCCUGUCCUCAUUUUGACUCCAUUUGCCCUUUUUGAUUUGUGAGCAAUUACAUUUUCAAUCUCUGUCUAAUUUGUAUAAUUCUUUGAGAUAAACUAUACAAAAAUUGUUUCAAAACCAUAGUAAAAGCAGUUUGUUCAUUAAAAUGUUUAUGAAAAAUAAAAAAAAAUGUGUGAAGCUUACAGUGCCUUUUCAAAAUCUUGAAUGUUAUCUUCAUGGCCUAUCUACUGUUAUCUUGAUAGCCCAUCUUAUGUUUAUGACAUAUGAAUAAUAUAUUAACAUAUUAAAAACAUAUUAAAAAGUACUCUUCACUGUUUUAUAUUGUCUGCAUUACAAAUGAAGCUCUUAUAGAAAGAGUUUGAAGAAAGUAAAAUAAUAUUUUGCUUAAAUGGCAAUGCAAAUGCACUAUCCAUUUAGUUUAAAAUGCAUAGCAUUCAAUUUAGACAUUUUUGAGUUAUUGAAAUUAAAUGGUUUAUUGAAUGCAUAAAUUAGUCAUUUGUAAAUGCUGCUCAAAUUUUUUAAUCACCUUUGGUUUAAUAAAUUUUUGUUUUCUGUUACACAAUAUUAUUUAUCAUUUUUGUCGUAUUUGAAUUUUGUACAUUUCCAUUUUUGUGAUAUAUUAUGUUGUCAUGUGCGUUAAAAGUUUAGUUACAAAGUUUAUCUAGAUGGUGCAAUGCUACAUGGUGUUGUCGAUUGGAAGAGGACGUUUGUUAUGCAUAUUGUUUCAUAUAAAAAUGAUGAUUAAAGUA